GUCGAACUUCGCUUGGAAGGAGCCAAACAAAGCAUUAUGAGCCCCGGGUCCUGAAGAGCGGAUGUUUGAGGACUAAGGCUAAGUUGAACGGGGUAAGAGUGCCUGCUUAGAAACUGUCAUUGGUAAUAUGUCGUGCUUGCGGUCCACAUUUGUUCAUUAUCUUCUCUCUUCUUCCCUUAUUAAUCCUUCUUCUUCAUAUACUUGCCCCUCACCCGCAUUCCUGUUGUCUUCAGACGUCAUAUGUAUUGUUCAGACAACACUGCUAUAAUUCAAUUCCAUGACCUUUCUUCUGAACUUCACUCUUGAGUUCGCUUGAGUUACUUCCCUUCUCAGAAGAAUCACCUCGAUCACGACAUCGAAGGCAGCUAUUGCACCAUAAUUACUCCGCAUUCUACAUAUACACCUCUUCCCCAGCUUUCAAAACAACUUUCCUAUAGGUCCCCCACGCAAGAGCCGCAAGCCACCAAUACAACACAAUCACAAUGGGCGUCCACCGCGAAUCAGCCAGCUCGAACCUCGAGUCUGGAUACGCCUCAGGCGCCUCCUCAGAAGGAAACCUCCCCCAAAUAAUCCUCACCAAACAACACCUCAAAUUCCUCAACAACACCCUCAACAACCUCACUCCCCUCGAAGUCCUCCGCUGGGCAAAGAUCACCUUCCCCAACCUCUACCAAACCACCGCCUUCGGCGUCUCCGGCCUCGUCACCCUCGACAUGCUCUCGAAACUGCAGACCGAGACCCCAUCCGCGCCCACCAUCGACGCCAUAUUCCUCGACACACUCUACCAUUUCCAAGAAACGCUCGACCUGGUCGAGAAAGCGAAGGCGCGGUACCCGAACGUGAACCUGCACGUCUACAAACCAGAAGGCGUCUCCACGCCCGCCGAAUUCGAAGCGAAGCACGGCAAAGAGCUCUGGAAGACAAACGCGGAAUUAUAUGACUGGGUCGCUAAAGUCGAGCCGGCGCAGCGCGCGUAUUCGGAUCUGUCCGUCGCGGCGGUGCUGACGGGAAGACGGCGCUCGCAGGGCGCGAAGAGGGAGAGUCUUGAUAUCGUCGAGGUGGAUGAGGCGGGGCUGAUUAAGAUUAAUCCGUUGGCGAGCUGGUCGUUUCGGGAGGUCGAGGAGUAUAUCCGGGAGCAUGACGUGCCGUAUAAUGAGUUGUUGGAUCGUGGGUAUAAGAGUGUGGGCGAUUGGCAUAGUACGGAGCCGGUGAAGGAGGGGGAGGAUGAGCGGGCGGGGCGGUGGAAGGGGACGCAGAAGACGGAGUGUGGGAUUCAUAAUAAGAGGAGUAAGUAUGCGCAGUUUCUGAUGGAGAUGGAGCAGAAGAGGCAGCAGGAGGAGUUGGCGGCGGCAUUGGAGAAGGUUGAUGUUAGUGAUGAGAUUGUUGUCUAGAGUGGUGGGCUCAUGGUGCAUUUUUGGGAGUUGGUCGGCGUUCGUGGUGAUGGGGUGGCUCAUAUCAUGAUGGAUGGCGUUGGGGAUAUCUGAUGCAUUAACAGGCUCUGGUUGCUCUCGUUUCUCGUUUUAAAGCUCAGAAGUAUAGCAUUUGCAUUGCUGGCAUCCUUUAGUGUGUCUCAAAAAGCAUCUUGAGCAUUCAUGGCUGCAUAUCAGCUGAUAGAAAAAUAAAUAUCGAGUUAAAAAUACCUUA